AUGUCAUCUGUAAAGCUGAAGAUGCUCCUCGAGAUAUGGAAGGACAAGCUUAUUUCUUGGAGACUCCUGGAUGAAGAUGAAUAUCAGCAGCUCCAACAAGAGCACAAUGAGAAGCUUAAGACUGGAGAGAUCAUUGAGCCUUCCCAUCAGCCUUGCUCAGAUAAGGGGAAAAAAUGCAUACAACCAAUGGAUGAACCUUCCACACACACAGGCACUUUGAUGUCUUCACCUUCUGGGGCUGUACCUGAUAAUACAAUUCAUACCUGGUCUUCUUCCCUUUCAUAUGAACUUUGA